AUGGCGAAAGCAAUAACCAAGACUUUUCGUGACGCCUCCUACGCUGUUGCCCAGCAGAGUGCCCCUAAUGCAUCGCUGGCCGACGUUGAGAAGGCCGCCGGGGCGGUUGCUGGACAGGCUUCCACUUCGACAAACUUUGUACGUGUUCACUGGUAUUGGAUUUCGCUGCCGGCGCUGGUCUGGGGUUUAGCAGCAAGUAUUUGGCUGUCGACUGCAAUUGUAACGCGCAAGGUAGGGGUCCCACGAUGGCAGAACAAUCCGCUUCCUUUAUUAUUCUUGUACACGGGAGGAGAAAAGGCACAAGACCAACAAGAAACACCAGCAGAUACAGCUGACAGGAAAGGCAUCAGGGUUUCAGCGGCCGCAUGUAUGACCAGAGCGAGUGGAAUUCGCACAAGGUUAGUUAUUCGGGACAACGAAGCGGAGCUGAUCUAG